AAUAAUGUUGAGCAGACCUUCUCGCCUUGUCUUCAAUAUCGGCAGCAGAGGAGGGCAGCUGAGCCGUGCUGUUGUACGGCAGCGAACCUCUGCAGCACACUUGCGUACAACAGCAGUACAGUCAGAGUUCAGCAGAUUGGCGCAUUCACUGCCUGCUUCUUAUAUCAAAGUGAAUAAAUGGAACAAGGCAGUUACAGAGGCUGAGAAACUAGUUGGCUAUCCAACUUCAUACAUGUCUCUUAGAUCUCUUAUGAGUGAUGAUAUCACAAACAUGGCGGUACAUAUGAGGAAAAUUGUAGGAUCUGACCAUCCUGUUUUGAAAACGGCUAAGAGACUUCUCUACUACGGGAAAAAUAAUAUGCAGGUGCGUGGACUACUUGUCCUCCUUCUCUCUAGAGCUGCUGGGGAUAGAAGAGGUGCUCAGGAGGCUAACUUUACAUCAGAGAUUAUCGACGAACAGAGGAAGCUUGCGGAGAUAGUUGAGAUGAUUUACUCUGCUCAGAAUAUUCAUCAAUCUGUUGUAAACAUUCCUGUCAACAUCCAGCUAGAACCUGAUCUAGAGAUCCGGAAUGUACUUGGUCAGCUAGAGUAUGGAAACAAGAUUUCAAUCCUAUCUGGAGAUUAUCUUCUAGCAAAUGCUUGUACUGGGUUAGCAGCGCUAAGGAUCACCAAGAUCGUGGAGCUGGUUUCUGUUGCGAUUGUUGAGUUCACUCAAGCAGAGUUUCUUGGAGUACAAGACCCUAUGGGUCGUGGAAUACCUACUCCAGACUACCUUACCCAGGAACACUGGGAAAAGAAAUGGAGACUAAGCACUGGCAGUUUACUAGGAGCUGGAUGUGAAAGUGCCAUGCUUGUAGCUGAACAAGAGGAGAGUGUGCAGUUGGCAGCCAAACAGCUUGGUAUCUACACUGCCCUGGCUAUUCAAGCCCACGAUGAAAUGAAGCUCUUUACAGUUGACGGAGGGUUAGGUUAUGGAUCUCCUUUCUCCCUGUGUAGUGCCCCAGUAAUAUUCCAUCUUCAAUCAGAUCCUCAACUUCUAGACUACAUUCAGCAAUACAACACAGAUCUAAGCCAGGUUGACUAUAAGCGUGUUCUAAACAGUGUGCUUGAAGGAGAUGGAUUAGAGAAAACACGUGACAUAUGCCAGAACUACGUAGACCUGGCAUUGAAGGAGCUUAGGAAUUUCCCUGACAAUGAAGGAAGACAAGGUUUCAAAAACAUUCUCCUCUCUCUUCUCUAAAUUGGGUCUUCUGAAUUCAAGAUCUGAACUGGUUCUGCUAAAUCUGGUUGACGAGAUCUAAACUGGGUCUGCUAAAGAAAAUUUUCAAUAUUUAUACCUAGUUUACAGAA